CUGAAGCUGGGUUUUAUGACAGCUUUCUCACUCUCACUCUUUCUCUCUGCUUCUUCAUCAAUGGCUGCCAUUAGUAGCUUACACAGAUGGGCAUCUGAUCAUCACUCUCGUCUUCCUCGAAUCUCGUCGAUUUCUGAGGCAGAUCAAUCUCGACCCUUUACUCAAUCCGUAACCUUUUCGGUUCCCAUAUCUAGAAGAGACGCGAAUAUGAUUCUUCUCGGCUCGCUUCCAUUGACGAGCUUCUUCGUUCUACCUCCGAGCUCUUCGGAUGCCAGAGAGAGACGAGGCAGAAAAGCUAUCCCUCUCGAGGAGUAUUCCACUAGCCCUGAAGGAUUGAAAUUCUAUGACAUUGAGGAAGGAAAAGGUCCAGUAGCCACUAAAGGAUCAACUGCUCAGGUGCAUUUCGAUUGCCGAUACAGAAGCAUCACUGCAAUUUCUACACGAGAAUCCAAGCUUUUGGCUGGAAACCGUAGUAUUUCUCAGCCUUACGAGUUCAAGGUCGGAUCUACGCCAGGGAAAGAAAGGAAACGUGAAUUCGUAGACAACCCAAAUGGGUUGUUCUCUGCACAGGCUUCACCAAAACCUCCUCCAGCAAUGUAUUACAUAACUGAAGGAAUGAAAGUUGGAGGCAAGAGAACUGUGAUUGUUACUCCUGAAGCUGGUUAUGGUCAGAAAGGAAUGAACGAGAUACCGGUGAGAACCUACAAAUUGUAUAUGAGCCUGGAGCUACGUUUGAGUUAAACAUAGAGCUGCUUAAGGUGACGCCCCCUGAAGAGAAGUGAAGAAGACUUUUUUAGAACACUGAUAAGAAAAGUUUGAAGCUUCAAGCAUUGUUGUCCCAUAAUUUGUCUAAAGUAUAUUACAGUACAAAGGAGGAUAGAGAAAAAGAUGUAACAUUUGGACCGGUUCUGGUACACUAAAUAACCCGUAUUUGUUGGUCUAUAAUUUUU